AAACUAAUCUUAAAAUAAAUAAUUAAAAACUAUCCCCCUGCGGCAUGGUGCCGUAGAUGCUGGCAGCAUUUCCUCGUUGUAUCGCAAUACUUAUUCUCUGUGCGAGGAAGCUGCCAGCUCUACGAUCACCGGUAGCGUCUUCUAUUUUUUUGGCUAAAUCCUUAAAUAGUGUAGAUGCAUUCGGACCCCACGGGCCAAGGGUCUCGACGCCAAAAGGUACGAAAUCGUAUUCGGGGCCGAGACCCCUAUAUUUGAUCUUUUUUAAUUUUUCGGCCGCCUCUGCCGCCGCGCCGGGUUUUGCAGUUGUGCCGUGGAGAUGAGACGGGGCUAGAGUGUCUACACAUGUGGCGUCCCAAAUACAUUCAAUUUUGUUUUAUAUUCAUAUAUUUCAUUUGGCGAAAUUUACUUAAACACAUAUAACAUUUUUUCCUUCUUUUGCCCUCAGAAGUGCGUGUUUAAAUCUUUCGAGUUUCUCAUGUUACACCGUGUACCUAUAUUUUACCCUUUAACGUAGUUUUCGCAGAACGUUCCCAGGGGGGUUUUAGUGAAGAUUUCCAGGAAAGGUUCGGUAAAUUUUUUGGUUCUUUUUCGACAGUUUAAAUUGUUCUGUCCGAUACAGGUAAAACUGCAAAUAGCUUUCUGAACGGCGAAAUAAACUGGUUAACUGAAAAGUUGCAAUUGAAAAGGGUAAUUUCUUUACAGAGCCUAUUUCAAUGUAAAGAAGUUUGGUUUUUUAUUUGAAUAUUUUUUGUCAAGGUUUGAAGGUUUUUUUAACCCUUGGAGUCGCCAUCGACUCCCAACCUUACGUCAUUUAAAUUUGAACUUUGACUAAUUGAAAUAAAAUCAUAAUUCCAACGACUCAAAAAUGAAGUAUGCCACUUCAAGAGUUAGUCAAGGUCCGCAUUCAAACCACACCAAUAUUGGUGCUGCAGUAUUAUAGUUGAGCGCGAGCUUACUGCCGACUGCAUUACUGUCAAUGCAGCCGACUGCAUUGGUGCAAGGAACGUCAUAAAGUUAACUAUCGAAAAAAUAUAUUAAAUUCGGCAUUUAUAUGUGAAUAUAUUUUAUAAGUUAAGAAUUGGUAUAGAAAGUUAUGAUUAAAAGUGAAACAUAUGCUAUCGCGGACUUUUUUGUAUACCAAUGAAAGAUUAAUACUGUAAAUUGUGGCAAAUAAAGGCACUUUGUAUGAUCCAUUAGUCUACGCGUUAUGGUUUGAAGUAAAUAAAAUGAGUAAAAAUUUAUAUUUCCGUAAAUUACCGAUUCUUGGGAAUAUUACUGGGAAUAGUAAAUUUUCCCGAUAACGGAACAUCACUAACUCCAAUACAUAGAUGGAAGCCAAUACUAACGUACAUUUGAUGUCAUUUUGCUACCAUUCACGCGUGCGGUUUACUUGUUUGUACAUGAAUUGGCGAAACUUUAGAAGUAUGUAAUUUAAACGUAUCUCGAUUGAAUAUUGCACGAUCUUCAGCCAUAUUCGUGUGUAUAAUAAAUUAGCAUCGUCUUAUCAACAGCAGAGACUGAUAUAAUUUUUUUUAGAUCUAUCUUCGUCUUAGCCUUGAAAGUACUGAUAGCCAGUAUGCUCUUAUCAAAACUAUACAAUAAGAUAAGAUAUAAUUAUAUAACACGUGUUGCGAAAACAUCGCAGUCAGAAUCUGUUGGAAAGCAAUAAACGCCAUGAGUUUCACCGGUAAAGUGGCAAUUGUGACUGGUGCUGCCUCCGGGAUAGGAGCUGCCACGGUCAAAGCACUGGCCAGAGAAGGCGCUAAGGUGGUCCUGGUAGAUAAAAACGAAGAAAAUCUUAAAGACGUUGCAAAGGAGUGCAAUCAAUACGGCAACACACCCCUCAUGAUCAGAGCAGAUAUUACUAAUGACGAAAAUGUUAAAAUGAUGGUAAAAGAAACCAUCGACAACUUCAAUCAGUUAGACAUACUGAUCAAUAACGCAGGUAUUGGAACCAUAUCAACCAUAUUCGACGAAAACUACAUGGAAAAUUUCGACCGCGUUAUGAAGACGAAUCUGCGCUCCUUGGUCUUUUUGACGCACCUCGCCGCUCCUUACCUGAUUAAGACUAAGGGUAACAUCGUCAAUACUUCCAGCGUCUGUUCUUUGAAAAGCCUUAAAGGUAAAAACCUGCUGGCCUAUUCAGUUUCAAAAGCAGGCGUAGAUCACUUCACGCGCUCCGUAGCUUUGGACCUAGCUCCUCAUGGCGUCAGAGUGAAUGCUGUAAAUCCUGGACCUACAAAAACGAAUAUUAUUGAGGACAGAGAAACGUGGAAAAGCUGCACUGCGUUCAAAAGGUUGUCGGAGCCAGAAGAGGUAGCGGAUUUGAUUUUGUUCCUGGCUAGUGAUAAGGCUAGGAGCAUUACUGGAUCCACGUAUGUUUGUGAUAACGGGGCACUCUUGAUAUAAAUAAAUCAUCGGAAGGUUA